AUGCAUCAACUCAAAACCAUCAUUUUACGUGAUGCCUGCUCUCGGAGCAUGUUAUUGCUCAAAUCAUCUUCGGCUUUUCAGUACAAGCGUAUUCAGAGGAGUUUAUUUAAAACAAAUUCACGAAUGAUGAUGAACAAUUAUGGGAUUUCAGAGUCGAUUGUACGUGAAUUUUCAUCAAAUUGUAAUUUCCGAUACAUUCAUAAUGAUAAUGGUGAUGUGUUAACAAAAUGUCCACUCAAAUCAUUGGAUAAUCAUCACACUACAAUUCCAAUCUCGAUAUAUUUUCAUUGGCCUUUCUGCCAAUCGAUUUGUUCCUAUUGCGAUUUCAAUAGAUACAAACGAGAUUUAUCAUCCAUUCAAAAUUUAGAUCCUCGCCAUUCUGAUAAAAAUAUUGGAUAUCAAAUGAUGAAAACCUAUUUAUUAAUAUUAGAAGAUUUUAAACGACAAGUGAAAGUUUUAAAUCCUCAACAUAACUAUGAACUAGUUUCGAUUUUCUUUGGUGGUGGAACGCCCUCAACCAUGAAUCCUCUCAUGAUGGAAGAAUUAAUUUCAAAAAGCAUGGAAAUAUUCUCCACUUCAAGAGAAAAAGUUGAAAUUUCAAUGGAAGCAAACCCAACAUCAAUUGAGACUGAAAAAUUAUUAAAUUUUCACAAAGCAGGUAUAAACAGAUUAAGUAUUGGAGUUCAAAGUUUUGAUAGCGACUGUUUGAAAACUCUAGGUAGAGAACAUUCUGUGGAUGAAGCAUUGUAUGCGAUUGAGAGUGCUAAAAGUAUUUUUGGAAAAGAUUCUCUUUCUAUCGAUUUAAUGUUUGGAUUACCACAACACAAGACAAAUAGAACCAUUUGGGAAAAGACUUUAGAAAAAGCACUCAGUUUGGAUUUUUCACACAUUUCUCUGUAUCAAUUAACGAUUGAGAAGAACACAAAAUUUUACAAACUCUUUAAUGAAGAGAAAGAUUUACCUAAUGAAGAAGAAUACAGUGACAUGUAUGAUUAUACCAUUGAUGCAUGCCAAAGUAUUGGAUUAGAAAUGUAUGAGGUUUCCAAUUUCGCAAAGCCUGGAAAAGAAUGCAAACACAACAUCAUGUAUUGGAGAUCUAUUUAUGACUUUAUUGGAAUUGGACCAGGUGCUCACGGAAGAUUAACCAACCAUACGACACGACAACGUUAUUCUACAGUACAGGUAUUAAAACCUGAAGAUUGGAUUGAAAAAGCUUCGCUCGAUUUUUCAGAAGCACGAAACUCUAAUCCUACCUUACUGUUGGGAAAUAUUAAGCAAGAGGCACUUUCUGAAAUGCAACAAAUUGAGGAGCUGUUCAUGAUGGGUCUACGAAUGGCGAAAGAAGGGGUCAAAGAGAGCUCUCUCAAGUACAUUAAUUCUGGAAUGACUUUUGAGAAGUUGUUCAGUUCCAAUAUGAUCACUAGAUUGAUAGAACAUGAUUACUUGUCAUUGAUUGAAGAAGCAGAUGGACGAAGGAUGGUAGCAACUAGAAAAGGAAUUAAUGUUCUAGAUAUUUUGCUAGGUACUUUGUUUGGUGAAACCCAAAGAAUUAAACACACUCUGCGAGUACAGAUCUAA